AUGUUGGCCGAAAAAAUUCGUGCCAUGAAAUUUGUGUGGAAUACUUGUUUGAAUGAGACACAUGAGAUUAUGGAAGCUAUUGAUGAAACGCAGUUCAGUCUCAAUGACAUGGAAAUGAAACUGAUAGCUGUCGAGAAAUCGUUCAACGAUGCAUCAUUCCGUCUGGAUAUGUCGGUAGUACAAACGAGUACACGAUUCUUCGCUCAAUCGGAUGUAUAUAACAAAUCAGUUAGAGCGCAAGAUGAGCAGCUUCUUGCCCAAAUCGCUUCACAAAAAGAAGAAAUUGGCAACCUGCAGGCAAUUCUUAAAGAGGCUGAAACUGCCCGUGACAGUGCAAUCUCUGAUCUCACGGAUCUUCGUACAAAGAUGAGCAAACUGGAGAAAGAGAUUGUUCAAGUUUCUGAAGAGCGUGAAAGUCUCAAAAUUGCUGGCCAAUCAAGCAGUGUCGAAAAAGAGGAAAUGCAAGCAAAAUUGGAGGAACAUAAAUCUGCUCUCGAACAUCUCAAGGAAGACCACUGUGAGCUCCGGAAUAAUGCAGAGGCUUUGCUUCGGGAAGUUGCUGACAAAGAUGCGACUAUCAUUGAACUUAAGGGGCAGCUAGCUGGUUCGAAGCAAGCGAAUGAAAAAUUGAAGGCGAUGAUUCUGGAGCGUGAGAAAGAUGUUGAUAAGCUUCAUGAUGCCCUUGAACAAGAAAAUGAAAGGAAGACGAAAGAGAAUAGUGCUCUGAAAGCAGAAUUAGCUACAGCGCAG